AUGUUUCUGAGCAAGUCUCUCCUAAUGACAUGUGCCAUUAUAUCAGCAGCAACGGCGCUUCCAUUCAAAGCAGCAAUCGUUGAGAGCUCUCUCGUUACUAGGUGGGAUGGGGCAGUCAAUGAACCUCCAGUUAUCGCCAAGCGGGAGGAAUUGGUAAACGAACCUCCGGUCAUUGCUAAGAGGGAGGAGGACAUAGUCAACGAACCCCCAAGCAUUGCUUAA